AUAUUUACGUGGACUAUCCCGGUAGUAAAUUCGUUUCUGAAGCUUGUGUCUGUUUGUACAUUGCCGAAAAAUCCUCUGCAUGUAUUAAUUAAUUAAUAUAUGAAGAAUUAGCUCGAAGCAUUUUAAACAGCCUGUUUAUAGACGUGCAUGCAUUGCAGAAGAUAGAGCAGCUCGUUCGUGAACAGGACGCGAUUGUAUUGAUGUGGAAUUGGACCAGGUGUUAGAAUACUAAAGGAUUCCAGUCCAGCACAAGGUUUCGGGAUGAGCUUCUUCAGUUUCGGACAAAGUGCUGAAAUCGACAUAGUCCUGAAUGAUGCAGAGACGAGAAAAAAGGCCGAGCACAAAACAGAAGACGGGAAAAAGGACAAAUACUUUCUGUUUUACGACGGGGAGACAGUCUCUGGGAAAGUCAACGUUACCCUGAAAAACCCAGGAAAGAGGCUUGAGCAUCAAGGGAUCAAAAUAGAGUUUAUCGGGCAAAUCGAGCUGUACUACGACAGAGGAAACCAUCAUGAAUUUGUGUCUCUGGUUAAGGAUUUAGCUCGGCCUGGAGAAAUGGUUCAAUCUCAGACCUUUGAUUUUGAGUUCACACACGUGGAGAAACCGUACGAGUCCUACACAGGGCAGAAUGUAAAAUUACGCUAUUUCCUGCGAGCGACCAUCAGCAGGAGACUAAAUGACAUCUGCAAAGAGAUGGACAUUGUAGUGCAUACACUCAGCACAUAUCCAGAACUCAACUCCUCCAUAAAGAUGGAGGUGGGAAUUGAGGACUGUCUACACAUUGAGUUUGAGUACAACAAGUCCAAGUAUCACCUGAAAGAUGUGAUCGUAGGGAAGAUCUAUUUCCUGUUGGUGCGAAUUAAGAUCAAACACAUGGAGAUUGAUAUUAUUAAACGGGAGACAACAGGGACGGGGCCGAAUGUGUACCAUGAAAACGACACCAUUGCAAAGUACGAGAUUAUGGAUGGAGCACCUGUGCGAGGCGAAUCCAUCCCCAUCCGUCUUUUUUUGGCCGGGUACGAGAUGACGCCGACCAUGAGGGAUAUUAAUAAGAAGUUCUCUGUUCGUUAUUACCUGAAUCUCGUGCUCAUUGAUGAAGAGGAAAGGCGUUACUUCAAACAACAGGAGAUUACGCUAUGGAGGAAGGGGGACAUUGUGAGGAAAAGCAUGUCCCAUCAAGCUGCCAUCGCCUCCCAGCGCUUCGAGGGUUCGGCGAGCGCAGAGAAAGCCCUCUCUCAAGCUAAAGAGGAAGACAACUAAACCUAACCACCUCUUCUCAUCAUCUCAUGUGUGUAUGCGGCAGAGAGAGAGUGUGUGUGUGUACAGAUUUAAAGAAGCUGUGCGCUCCCAAAAUAGACGGCAAUGUAAACCUGAUAUUUCACAUUCCUAAACACACCGGUUUAUGAUCAACAAUUCCUAAGUAGCUUUUAAAAAGGGAUUAAUAUAUGAAAAGCAAAAACACUUAUUUUAAAAAACCACAAGUCGAUAUUUAGGGUUCCUCUGAGGUUGUUUACUUUUUGUCCGUCACCCUGGAAUUAAUUGACUGUGUAUUUUUCUGAAACAUUUCAGCACUUCAUCUAGACAAAACAAACACAUUCCACUCUCUAUAUUCCAUUUACAGCCUUUUUUGACUUCUGUAUUGAAUGUUUUGUUAUUGUAGAUUGUUUUUUUCGUAACAUAUACAUUUCAUACAGUGUUCAGUUUCUUUUUAAUGAAAUGGUUUAUAACUAAAUUAUAUUUUUAGUGAUUUUUUUAUAUAUAUACACACACACACACAGCAUGCUUACCAAUACAUGCCUUUUUACUUUUGUUGCCAUUCCAUAAAUUAUAAGCACUUGAGAGUUUUUGCCAAUGUGAUUUCAGUGUCUCCAGAGGGACCCUUCACUUCAUAUCAGACCAAACUUACAAAAACCUUUUUGCUCAGAUUCAAUAAAUCAAAUAAUUUCCCUACAGGUAUGUAGCUAAACUAAAAUGCACCUGAAUUUAAUUUUUAUUUCGUCUGUCAGAUUGUAUUGAUACAGUGAUACUUUAACAAGCUCCUUUAACAAGCUUUUCAAGUGUAUUAAAAUAGAAUUUUAAUUCAGUAUUAUCGCUUUUGAGGUUUUGGUACGAUGAACCGAAAUGUUUGUCGUUGUCGGGUAACACUUUACGAUACGGUUCAAAAUGCUAACAGUUAAAGGUCUCAAGAACUUGAAAUUAAACGUAAUGUUUAUUUAUAAACGAAUGAGCUGCUUAUUUGUUAGUUUGUGUUGGUUAAUGCAACAUUACAAAAGUUAACCUGUUUAAUGUAAAAAUUGACUAUCGUUACGUUAAAGUUAACUUAAAUCAAGAUUAAUAAAUGUUAAAGGAUUUUUAUUGUUAGUUCAGUGUAACAAACUCGCAGAACAACCUUAUCUUAAAGUGUUACUAAGUCAUUGGCCGUUCUAACGCUUGUUUCCUGUCAAUUCUAGAAUUCAGGUGGCAUUAAUGUCUUAUUUUAGUUCUCAUUUUUUUUACCAACACUGGAGAUCAGCUCAUAUUACACGUCACAGUUCUAACCAGUUACUAACCAAUGCGUACUUUAAACCUUAUAAAUCUUUGACCGUAACAGCACAGCUUAGCAAACGCUGAAGAAGUGCGUGAUCAGGAUGAGAAGCAGAUGUGUUAACACUCAGAGCAGCGUAAGGGAUGCAUGUCCUGGAAGUGAUUGCGCACCCAUUUUAAGAUUGCAGGCUCAUUAAGGCCGCCUUGUUAGUGGCUCUCAUUGUCGUGAAUAUUUCUUGUCGUGUCAGGAGCGUGGAGGUGUUCAUCUGUCCGAAAAACCAGGAUGAAUCAUCUCACGAUGAGCUGCCUUUUGUGCGACCGCGAUUUCACAAUAUCGGUUUUUGUUAGCGCUUCCAUUCACUUACAUGGAAAACGAUCCUUGUGACUGGCGACGGACGUUAACUAAGAAAGAUCGUGACAUGCUGAUCACACGCUAAGUUCCGCAUAUUGUUUGAUAAUUGCCUUUUUACUUUACAUUAACCUUGCUUUUGGUGUCAAACUAGCAAAAUACGGCAAGGCCUGUCACAGAGGGCUAUGUGUAAGCGAUCUCUCUGCUGUCUGUUUAGAAAAAACGAAAAAAAACCCUAAAAACUAAAGCAUCUCUUUGCAGAAAACUCAUGGCUCUAUGUGCCGCACUGUGUUUACUGACUUCACCUACAUGAUUUAAUAAAUUAGCACUGUGUAUCCUUUCAAAAACAAAGAAGGAACGAGAAUUAGCUGUUUCCUAACUUUCUUUACAUUUAUCAUCGUGCAAAAAAAGUGCUGCUUAAAACGGCAUUAGAUAACCAUAUUUCUAUAUUAAUAUUAUGUAUGUACAGUAUAUAUUUACAGAAUUGUAAGUAUAUGAUUUUGAAAUGAUUUAGAAAUCGCUCUAAGGUACUAGCAGAGUUUACAAAAUGGAUUCUAGAAGAUUCUAGAACUGUGCUAAUGUAAAAUAUGAGUGCAGAACACACACAACCUAACUGCUCUUUCAGUACUUGUGCUGUACAUGACAUUUGUUUUUACUCUGAUUCCUCAGAUUAAAAAAAAAGAAGAAGAAAAAACGCUCAUCUUUUCCCUCAUAGAAA